AAAACUGAUUCCCGAUCCGAUCCGAUCGCACAGUUAAGUCCGAGAGGUAAACGCGUGCGCACCUCGAACUUGGUUUAUGUCGGCUAACGAAAUGGCGUUUGUGAAAAUUUGCAUAUUUGCUUUGGCUUUGGCCGUGGGUUUGACCGCAACACUUGCCCAGGAGCCUCGCGGUGGCUUCCGGGGCAGCAACAGCCAGUUCCGCGUGGGUCCCGGCCAUCCACCCUCCCAAAGGCACCUGCCCCCUCGAAGCCGCGAUCCCGUCCAGGAGGCAUCGAUUGUGCCCAAGAACAAGCAGACCGCCAAGGAGAAGGAGUACGAGCCCACCGAGGAGUGCCCCGAGCCCAAUGGCUUCUAUCCGGACAGCAAGCAGUGCGACAAGUACUACGCCUGCCUGGACGGUGUGCCCACGGAGCGCCUUUGUGCCGAUGGCAUGGUCUUCAACGACUACACUCCCAUCGAGGAGAAGUGCGAUCUGCCCUACAACAUUGACUGCAUGAAGCGAACGGCGCUACAAACGCCACAACCUUCUCUUCAUUGUCCAAGGAAGAAUGGUUACUUCGGUCACGAGAAGCCCGGAAUCUGCGACAAGUUUUACUUCUGUGUGGAUGGCCAGUUCAACAUGAUCACCUGUCCAGCUGGUCUGGUCUUCAAUCCCAAGACGGGCAUCUGUGGUUGGCCAGAUCAGGUUGGCGUCACCGGUUGCAAGUCGGAGGACGUCUUCGAUUUCGAGUGCCCCAAGGUGAACGAGAGCAUUGCGGUGACCCAUCCACGGUACGCCGAUCCAGAUGAUUGCCAGUUCUUCUACGUCUGCGUCAAUGGAGAUCUUCCGAGGAGGAAUGGCUGCAAGUUGGGUCAGGUCUUCGACGAGGAGAAGGAAACCUGCGACUGGGCGCGCAAGGUGCCCGAUUGUGCUGACUGGUACAAGGGCCGCCUGACCGACAAGGAGCUGGAUGAGCUGGAGAACCCGAAGCCGAAGACCACGACCACCAAGAAGCCACCUCGUGUGCGCGGCCAGUCGCGGAGGAAGCCCCAGCCCAAGCGAGUGGAUCCGGAGGAGGAGAAGGAGGAGGAGGUGGCCUGAUCCCUGACUGUAUUAGUCUUAAGUGAAUCCCACUGAUUGUCACCAUUAAAAGCGUGCAGGAGGUCUAAA